AUGACAUUAGAAGCUUUAAAAUCAAUCCAAGCUCGGGUACAGACUAUUGAUGAAACUUACCUUAAUCAGGUUUGCCCUAAAUCCUUGGUGACCCUGAUCGUAGAACACUUCAACUCAAAAAUGAGGGAGGUACAUGAUGUCCCUUCUGUCCUGCAGUACGCUGCAGUAGAGGAAACAGUGAAGAGAACGACACAAUGUGGAUUCAACUAUUUCACAAACCGACGAAGCUACUAUGAGGUCACAGAUGGAAUGGUGAGCUUUGGGGAUUUACCAAAACUCCCCUGGCCCCCUAAACAUCCCGGCACUACCCAAGAGGUGACUGAGUUAAGAAAGUGGGCCCAAGAGUAUGGUAAAGCUACGCGACAGCUCUCAGUCCGAGCUAAAUCCACAAAGGAUAACCCCGGAACCCUUCCUAUUUCUGCCUAUGGCAGUCGCGUACUGACCGCAAAUCCCUCUCCUUGUCUUGUGGAAUUAAGAAACAGCCUUGCGUCACAGGGUUCGAGCAGCAGUGAAAGUGACAGUGCAGAUACCACAGAAGAUUGUGGGUCCAUCACCCCUGAAUUUAUUGGCAAAGGAUCCGCCCUCCUUGUGUGA